UGUACCCCUUUCGUAGUCAUAUGAACCGUGCGAGAGUGUUCGCAUAUAGACUUGAAAGAAUGCAAAUCCGUAACCGCUUGCUACCCCGUUCGAUCCAGGAUGGAGUGGCGACCGCAUUCAUGGCUGCAAUCAUACCGAUAACAUUUUGGUUCGAAGUCUUUGUAGUAAUACCCGGCGUUCACGGGGCAGAUUCCCUGUUCAAUUGGAUUCAUCUGGGACCGGCGUUGUUUCUACUGUUUAACAUCAGUGUAAACAUGCUGGCAACGAUCAUGUGCGACACCAGCUGCCGGACGGAAAUAAUCAAUGUGCCAACUAAUGUGGCAGUUUCCUCGGGACUGGGAUCGGGUUCAUGGCACCUGUGUUCGACAUGUGAAGCGGUAGCCCCUCCUCGGUCGUGGCAUUGCAAUACUUGCGGAACGUGUGUUCUCAAACGGGAUCACCACUGCGUGUUCACCGGAUGCUGCAUUGGCCAUCGAAACCACCGGUAUUUCAUAAUGUUCGUGCUGCAUCUUUUUAUAGCGACGCUGUACGCAAGUGUACUUAAUAACUACUUCAUCUGGUUCGUGCGAGGUGAAGAGUUCCGCAACUGGACCUCGCUGGUGAAGAUUGUAUUUCCCCUGGCGAUGCUCGUGAUCGACACAUCAACGAAACAGUAUUAUCUAGUCAUUUACCUCAUCAAUAUGGUGGGCAUGCUGUUCACGGGAGUGCUGCUGAUCUACCACGGGCGACUGAUUUUGAACGGAAGAGUGGUGCACGAGAGGAACUCGCAGGAGUACGACCUCGGGUGGAAGGCGAACCUGAAGAUGGUUCUUGGAAAACGGUGGAAGCUGGUAUGGCUAUCGCCGUUUCUGAAAAGCGAACUGCCGCAUAACGGAGUCAACUGGGACUUGGUUAGUAAAGAAGCAACCAAAAGCAAAUAAAUGUGUGGCCAUAUUUUAGAACCCGUCUUUAUUAUAUACACGUGUUAUGAUUUUAUUGGAUUUUUAAUAAUCAUAUCUAUUUUU